UUUGAUGAGGGGUGGUCCGGGUCAAAUGGGCGGGUAAUCAGAUAGUUUUGGUUCGGAUAUUUGAAAAUGCGGGUAAUUACAUAAAUACCCGAAUCGGAUCCGAAUUCGUCGGUACCCGAAUAUUAUAUGGGGUUCCGGCACCUGACUUAUCCUUCCAUUUCACGAUUAUCCGGCGGCGGCGGCGGCGGCGGAGAAUGGCGUCGCCAUUAGUUACCAGUCAGUAUUCUCAGUUAUCAGCAGAACUCCAUAAUUUGCAGGCUUUCAUCCAGAUGAGCUAUGGAAAAAUUCACAUGAAAGAGGAAGAAAUGCGAUCCCUUUCAGAUCUCGAGAGCAAGAAAUGGAGCAUUGCUUUAGAUCUCUCUUAAGACUCUCGACUCUUGUUAUUUCGCUUAUAUUCUUGCUCUCUUGCUUCGGUUUCACUUCAACAGAAGCUUAUGAUGCACUUGAUCCUAAUGGAAAUAUCACGAUAAGAUGGGAUAUCAUCGAUUGGAUGGCCGAUGGCUAUGUGGCUGUCGUCACAAUGCUAAACUAUCAACAGUAUCGACAUAUAGAAGAGCCAGGCUGGACUUUGGGGUGGAGUUGGGCAAAUAAAGAGGUGAUAUGGAGCAUGUUGGGAGGUCAAGCUACAGAGCAAGGAGAUUGUUUGAGAUUCAAAGCGAAUAUUCCACAUUGCUGUAACAAAGAUCCCACCGUUGUGGACUUAUUUCCCGGAACUCCUCACAAUCGAACGAUUCCUAAUUGUUGUAAAGGAGGGGUGGUUAGUUCGUGGGCCCAAGAUUCAACAAAUGCUGUGAGCUCUUUCCAAGUUUCUGUUGGUAAUUCCGGUAACACUAACGGAACUGUUAAGGUUCCCAAGAACUUCUCUCUGAAUGCACCGGGUCCCGGCUAUACUUGUGGAAGUGCAAGAAUCGUGAACCCCACUCGAUUUGUUACCCCAGAUGGAAGGAGAAUAACACAAGCAAUGAUGACGUGGAACGUUACAUGCACGUAUUCACGGUUUCUUGUCGAUAAAACUCCUACUUGUUGCGUCUCGCUCUCGUCUUUUUACGACACUAUUGUACCUUGCCCAAAUUGUACCUGUGGAUGUCAAAACAAUCUCACUCAUCCAGAAAACUGUAUGAAUCCAGAUUCACCAAAUCUUGCUUCGGUUGUUUCGGGAGGGCAAAAGAGUAAUAACUUGGCACCUCUGGUCCAAUGCACCAGCCAUAUGUGCCCCGUUCAAGUCCACUGGCACGUAAAACUGAACCACAACGACUAUUGGAAAGUCAAUAUCACUAUCACAAACUUCAAUUACAGAAUGAAUUACACACAGUGGAACUUAGUUGUACAACACCCCGCCUUCGACAAUUCGACGCAGAUAUCCAGCUUCAACCACAAGCCACUAAAUCCAUACACGAGCAUAAAUGAUACGACAAUGCUAUGGGGUGUUAAAUUCUAUAACGAUUUGCUCAUGCAAGCGGGCCCACUGGGAAAAGUCGAGUCGGAGAUUCUUUUCCGGAAAAACAAAUCUAAUUUCACUUCCGACGGCAGUUGGGGUUUUCCGAGAACGGUCUUUUUCAACGGCGACAGCUGUACUAUGCCACCUUCCGACGCAUAUCCGUUUAUACCAAAUUCAAGUAUAUACCGAAAUGUCUCGUUGCUUAUGCUACUGAUCAGUUUGUUGACAACCUUUGCAACACAUUUUGCGUGUGUUGUUUAAGAAUCUUGCGUCUUCCGACGAAAAGAUUCCGAUUUACGUCUUCAUUCGUACGGAUUACAGGUGCACAAAACUUGAGAGUAUUUUUCAAGCUUACUCUAAUUAUUACUCAAUUCACUUUGUUUCUCUAAUGAAAAUAGGAUCUUUUGAUUA